GCGCCUGUGAGAGCGUUUGCGGUGGCGGAACGCUGCCGUCCUGAUGGGUCGAGAGACACUGAGAGCACCAAAGGCUAGAGGUGGAAGGCAGAAACGUGUUUUAAUGGAGUAACAACUUAAUGCCUUGGUACCUUUUAUCCCUGAAGUGUAGUUUACUAAAUUUUGCAAAGGAAAUCGAAUUCAGCCCAUACUAAGAAUGGAGUCCCAGCCCCUGCUGAGAGGGUGUAGUGCACGUAGCAAGCUCCCCAGCUGGACCUUGUUUCUGGCUGUUUGUGCUGUUGGAAUUGGAGGAACCUUUCAGUAUGGGUAUAAUGUUUCCAUCAUCAAUGCCCCCACCCAGCAUAUACACAGGUUCUUAAAUGAAACCUGGACUAAUCGUUAUCACAAGGCACUAAAUCCAGAUCUGCUGACUUUUCUUUGGUCUGUCAUCGCUUCUGUAUUUUCACUUGGGGGCCUGUGUGGAGCCCUUGUUGGAGGCAGCAUGGCAAUUUGGCUGGGCAGGAAAGGAGCUCUUUUGAUGAAUAAUAUUAUAGCAAUACUGGCCUCCAUUUUAAUGGGGAUCAGUUUUCCUACAGGAUUGUUUGAGUUGCUGAUUGUUGGAAGGUUUUUGAUUGGCAUAAAUUCAGGUGUUGGGAUCUGUGUGCAGCCUCUGUAUCUUGGGGAAGUUGCCCCAAAACAUCUCAGAGGUGGCAUGGCCAUGGGGAGUUCCAUCUUUCUGACUGGGGGGAUUCUGAUUGGACAAAUAAUUGGUUUGAGGGAAUUAUUAGGUGAAGAAAUGUAUUGGCCUCUGUUGCUAUCCAGCAGCUGUUUACCAGCAUUUGCCCAACUUCUAUUCCUGCCAUGGUUUCCUGAAAGCCCCAGAUAUCUUCUUAUCGACAGGGGUGAUGAGCUGAGCUGUGUCAAAGCUUUGAAGCGAUUUCAUGGUUCUUCAGAGUAUGGAAGGGAGAUGGAAGACAUACAGCAGGAAAGCUUUGCCUUGGAUGGGGAGAAGGCCAAGAAGCCCUGGCAGUUAUUCACUGACCGUGCUGUAAGAUGGCAGCUUAUUACUGUUAUUGUGAUGAAUAUGGGCCAGCAGCUCAGUGGGAUAAAUGCUAUUUAUUUCUAUGCAACUUACAUUUUUGAACAAGCUGGGAUCUCAGCAGAACAAAUCCCAUAUGUGACGCUUGGCACUGGAGCUUGUGAAUGCCUCACAGCCCUCACAUGUGGUUUACUGAUUGACUACGUGGGAAGAAGGUAUCUCAUCAUUGGGGGUUACCUCCUUAUGACCCUUUGGAGCAUUGUUUUAACGCUCUCCCUGACUUACCAGGAACUGUACCCAUGGGUGCCUUAUGUGAGCAUGACAUCGAUCUUUGCCUUCAUCUUGAGCUUCGGGUUGGGGCCAGGUGGCAUAACAAAUACCCUGAUAGCUGAACUGUUCAUACAGUCAUCACGUCCUGCUGCUUACAUGAUAGGAGGGACCAUCAGCUGGGUUAGUUUCUUUACCAUUGGGAUGCUCUUCCCCUUCAUAGUGAACAGACUGAAGCAGUAUUGCUUCCUGGUUUUCUUACUGGAGUGCUCCUCCGUGGCUGCUUUCCUCUUCUUUGUAAUUCCUGAGACAAAAAACAAAUCUUUUCUGGCAAUCAAAAAGGAAUUUCACAAGCUUAAUUUUGGAAGAAAUAAAAAGGAAAUGGAGCUUUCUGAAAGAAGACAGCUCUAUGAUGGGUUUUAAAAACCUUCUGUGGGAUUUCAUUGCUGCAGAACUUCCAUGAGGAUUAUGAAUAGCAUCUUCUAAAUUAGCUGUGCAAUGCCAUGAACAAGCAGUUUAUUCAAGCCUCCUGUGUAUUUAGAGGACAUUUAAUAAAAGGCAACUUAAAUAACUUCUUUGAAAGACUUAAGGACAUUCCUAAUCUAGUCCCACCACUGUAUCUGUACAAAGACAGACCAGCACCUGUCUGAAUUACUGCUUUAACGCGUUUUAUUAGAAAGACUUCUUUCCUAAAAAAGUACAAAUAAAAGAGAUUCUGGGGUUUGAGUUUGGGUUUAUUUUUUUGCCUUAACUAGCAUCUUAACAUUUUCAACUGAGCAGCAGGGUGAAGAUUCUAGUUUUGAAGGUCAGUUCCUGGCACACUGAGAUCACCAUCACAAAAAGCACUAGGAAGCAGAGAGGACAGCAGCUAAAUACUUUUCACCUCCACAGAUCCUUCAAGAUAGUUUAACAGAACAGAGCCAAGGAGGACACAGAGCUUGAAGGACCUGUUGAACGAGCUGUCUGCUUCAUCUCCACCAUUUUCUCCAGGGCUCUUUCUCAAAUCACUCUUAUUUUAUCAGUCAAAAUGUAAGAAAUCCUAAUUACAUCCAGUGUUUGUGUGCUCUGUGAUACUCUUGUCUGUGCCUGUGACUCCUGGUACACUGGUCCUACCUACUUUACCCAUAACAGCUUUUCCUGGCUGUCAGCAUUUCCCAGUUCCAUCUGUUACUCAGUAAGUGCUGGAUUUCUCUUACGCUUAUCUCCCUUCUCUCAGAGUGAAAGAUUUUAGUGAAAAGGUAGGAAGCAAACACUAUUUUUCUCACUUGGUAACUGUAUUAGCUGUUUAAUUGAAAAAUAGCAUUAACAGUAAAGGAGGCAGCAUCAAGAAGGGAUCUUCUUGUUCUUUAGUUUAUCCUUUAAGUUUGCAAAAUACUUCAUUUUGGCUAAAAGCUUCUUUGCUUCCUGAAGGUCAUCUGAAAUUAAAGGAAACAGGAUUAGUUACAGAGGCUGAAUUUUCAUCCUCAAAUCAAUCUCAAUAUUUCAGUGACAGCACCUGCUGCAGCACUAAAAGCUGCAAGUUGCAGGGACUCAUAAUACACUACUAAACCAGGAUGCCUACUGGUUUCAUCCUGGAUCACUUUGGAACACCUCAACUGAGGUGUUCAGCACCUGCUACUCCGCUGACAGCUUCUGUUGGCAGAGCAAGAUCCCCCAAAUGCAAGUCUGAAACCUCAGAACUGGUGCUAAAUUUGGGUAAGUCUGACCCUCCAGCUCCUCUGGGAACCAAGCAACCAAACCAGUUUUUAGUACCUGCAUUCCCAUGGGAAGGGAUUAUCUGGGUACAGACUGAAUUAACUGGAACUUUUGUACUGGAUGGGGUUUUUUACAGCUAGUGCGAGGUCCUGAAUUUCCUGCAUCAGCUGAAAGGUCAGUUUUUAGUAUUUAUUCUAAAUAUCAUACAAAGAACA